CAGGAUCCAGCAGGCUCCAGCGAAGAUCCCAGGUCCCCAGGCAUCUUCUCCUGCAGGACUAGAGAUCUAAGAAUAAUUAAAACCAAGAUCACUGAGAUAAUUGGACCCUAUGAUGGUAUCAUUACAGUUAAGGUUUUUCACCCUCACCGUUCUUUUGAUAAAAUGGACUGUGAUGGCUCAGCUAGAAGACUGUAGAUCUGCAGAGGCCGCAGACAUUGUGUUCCUUGUAGAUGAGUCUUGGAGUGUAGGAGAAGACAACUUUCAGGUUAUCAAAGACUUUAUUAGAAGUAUGAUAAGCUCUUUUCAGAAUACAGAUGUACUUGGGAAGGAAGGAAUACGAUUUGGAGUUGCAGUUUAUGGAGAUUCCCCAAGGAUGAGCAUUGAACUGUCAGAUUAUGAAACGAUUCAAGAAGUGUUGUUGGCACUCCAAAAUGUUGAAUACAAAGGAGGGAACACAAAGACAGGAGAAGCCCUUGCCUUUUUGGCAGAUCGAGUAUUUAACCCAUCCAUUUCUAGAGAAGAGGUACCAAAGAUUGUUUUGCUACUGACAGAUGGUAAAUCUGGAGACGUAGUACAAGAGAAGGCCCAACAAUUACAGGAUCGAGGAGUUACAAUAUUUGCUAUAGGUAUAAAGAAUGCUGACCAAAGGGAAUUAAUGAAAAUUGCAUCUGACCCUUUUGAAGAACAUGUUAUUAUUGUCAGUGACUACUGGUCUCUCUUUGACAUGCUACCCAGGAUUGCAAGAAGAGUCUGUUUCACUGCCUCAGAGCCUCCAAGGCCAAUCAAGCAGAUUGUAGAAAGUGAUAUAAUUGUUGGCCCACGAGACUUGAUAGUAAGUGAACAGAAUUACAAUUCAAUGCGUGUUACAUGGAGUCCAGCCACUGGUGAUGUAACGGGCUACCAGGUUAUUCUCAAUUCUUUGACAUCUUCUGGCCGUCUUAAUACAUAUGACCAAAGACAGAUUACAGUAGACAGGAACAAGCACACCGUUCUUAUAACUGAACUGAAGCCUACCACUGAAUAUUUAUUCACAGUUCUGGCCACAUAUCCAAAUGUUAUUGGGGAUUCAGAAACAGUUAGAGGGAAAACAACUCCUGUGCCUCCUGUUACUAAUUUCCGUGUCAUAGAAGAGAGACUUUUUGGCUUAAAGGUGGCCUGGACACCUCCGUUGGGGAAACUCGAUGGUUACAAAAUUUAUAUUCCAAGAUCUAACAGGCCUGGAUUUACCUAUGAACACAUUUUGAAUGGAGCUGUCUCGUCACACACUAUUGAUAAUUUAGAAGAAGAAAAAGAAUACACUGUCAGCAUCUAUGCUGUUUAUCCUGAAGGACCUAGCCAACCUGUGUCAGCAGUGGGCCGUACAUUGAAGUUACUCUCAGUCAAAAGUUUGACACUACACAAUAUCACAACUGGAACAAUUCGUGCACAUUGGACUUCAGUCCGAGGAGCCACAGGCUAUCGACUUACUUGGUCAUCUACAGAGGGAUAUGAUCAAAAUGUUAACCUGGCAGACAGCUACACUCAGUAUCUGAUUCAAGGGCUGCGCCAUGACACUGAGUAUACAGUAACUAUCAAUCCAAUCUUUGUAGACAUAGAGGGCCCUAUAGUAUCUGCUAAAGCUUUAACCUUGGCUUCAAGCUCUGUACAGAGUCUGAAAGCGAGUGCAGUGUCCAUUAAUACAGCACUGAUAUCAUGGAAUGCAGUACAGGGUGCUACAGGAUACAGACUAGCGUGGGGUCCAACUCCAGAAUUUAUCGGCAGAGAUCGCCCCCGACAACUUGCAUUGAAUAGCACACUCACUUCCUUUGAGCUAAGAAACCUGGUACACAACACAGAAUAUGUAAUCUCCUUGUAUGUGCUCUUCGGUUCUGCGGUGGGACCAGGAAUCUCUACAACAGUUCGAACCUCACCUCUUGGAUACGUGUCUAACUUUAAGGUGACUGGAUACACCAGCACUUCAAUUUCUCUGGCCUGGAGUUCCACCAUUGGAGCCACUGAGUAUAAAGUGUCCUGGAACCCUACAACAUCAGACACCCCUAAAAGUCAUUAUCUGGCUCCCAAUAUCCGGUCAUACCAUAUUACAAAUUUGCAGCCCAACACCAAGUACAUUGUGAAUGUUCAGGCAGUUUACAGCAACACUGAAGGUCCAGCAGCUACUCUAAUUCAAAACACAGACUCCAACCCCGUACAGCUUCUUCCUGUUAAAGACUUGCAAAUAAUUGAUACUGGUGUCAACACCCUCAAACUGUCCUGGAAGAAAACCCCUGGAAUAACUCACUACAAAAUUUCCUGGCUCCCAUUUGAUGGUGGUGCUAGAAACUCAAAGAUUGUUUCUGCAGACUCUUCAUUUUUUUCAAUCCCUGACUUGAAGGAGAGUUCUACUUACAAUAUCUAUGUAUCAUCCAUUGUUGGAAACCGGGAGGGAAGUCCUGUUCUUCUUACAGCAAAAACGUUAGACCUACCAAAAGUGGACUCCUUUGAAUUGAAAGAAACAACGGGGGAUAGUGUGUUAUUGAGUUGGUCUGGAGUAAAUGGGGCAUCAUCUUAUCUUUUAACAUGGAGGUUAACUUCAGAGUCUGAUGCCUCCAUGGAACAAUUGGCAGCAUCAUACAGGUCAUUCAGGCUCACUGGACUACAUUAUGGAAAAACCUACGUAUUUGCAAUAAAGCCAUUAUUUGGGGAGAUGGAAGGACCAGAGAAAACUAUAACCCGAAUUAUAUAUGGACCGGUGAAAAGACCUGGCACCCUUGUCCCCACUGUUCAUGGCCCUAGGCAAACGACAUCUCUUGAAAGGACAACCACCUCAAGACCUGUUGAACAUCGUCCACUAACAACAUUGGCACAAUAUUCCAAAUUCACCAGUUCGGCUGCUAGAGGAACUACAGUAUCUUUUUCAGAGCCAGUCUGUGCAAAAUCCAAAGCUGAUAUAGUAUUUCUUGUCGAUGAGUCUUCCAGCAUUGGGCCCAGUAAUUUCAACAAGGUCAAGGAUUUUCUCUAUAGAAUAGCAUCAUAUUUUCCAAAAAUUGGACCCCAAGGGACACAGAUUGCUAUUGUUCAAUUCAGCGAAGAACCAAGAACAGAAUUUCACUUGAAUCAACACACUGAGCGGAAUUCUGUUUUAAAAGCCAUUCGGAACAUGCAAUAUUUUGGAGGGAAUACCAAUACAGGUCGAGGCAUUGGACACGUUCUAAAGGAGAUGUUUCAGGUGUCUAAAGGAAUGAGACCUUCAUCUCCUCAUUUAAUGUUGCUGGUGACUGAUGGACGAUCACAGGACAAUGUCAUGCAGCCUUCCAGAGUGGCCCAUGCUUUAGGAAUUCGAUUGAUUGCUGUUGGGGUAGGAGCAGCAGAUAUGGAUGAGCUGCGAGCUAUCAUGAUGAACCGUAACUUGCAGGACAUCUUUUUUGUCAGUUCCUUUGAUGACUUCCCAACAAUUGUUCAGGAGUUGAUAGAGACAAUAUGCUUUGAAAGUGAAGAGCCAGUAAAGAUGCAGCCUGUAGAGACCACCAAUACAGAAACUGAAAAUGAAGAUGUACCUCCCGAGCAGCCAGUUGGACCAUGCACAUCAACAUGUUCAAAAGGGCAAAAGGGAGAAAGGGGUGAAAAAGGGCCCCCUGGACAGAAUACUUUCACAGGUUUACAGACCGGGGGAUUAGACCUCUUCAACAUGAACUCAAAAGGAGAGAAAGGAGAACGGGGUCUUCCUGGCCAAGAUGGUGUUCCCGGCCUUCCAGGACGUCCUGGUCGAACAGGCCCUCCAGGUCCACCAGGUCUAAUGGGUCAUAAAGGUUUCCAAGGAGACAUUGGACCUCAAGGUUACACGGGACCUCCUGGACCAAAAGGUGACAGAGGGGAACCUGGCUAUAUGCUGGGUGGAGUUGAUGGAUUAGCUGGGCUUGGUGGCAUCCCUGGAUCCCCUGGCUCAAAGGGUCAACCGGGUUCUCCUGGACAUCCAGGACCUCCUGGCGUUCCAGGAUUCCCUGGGCCACAGGGUCCCCCAGGAAUUUCCAUCAAGGGUGAACCAGGUGAAACAGGAAGCCAGGGUCUUCGUGGAAAACCUGGAUUAAAAGGAGACAAAGGAGAUGCAGGAGAAACUGGCAGAGCUGGGUUGCCAGGUCCUAUAGGUCUUGAUGGUCUUCCAGGACCUCAAGGAAUAAAAGGUGAAAAGGGAGAAGCAGGAAUUGGUUUUCCUGGAAUACCUGGCUUAAAAGGAAAUUCAGGAGAAAAGGGAUCUAUUGGUCUUGCAGGACCUCCUGGAUCUAAGGGUGAGCAAGGUUUACAAGGAAUUGAUGGAGUAGCUGGCUUAAGGGGAAAGAAAGGUCUUGAUGGAGAGAAAGGUGACAAAGGAGAACGUGGGGAUAUUGGACCCAUUGGACCUUCUGGAAGAGCUGGGCUUCCGGGGCCUGUAGGACUAAAAGGAGACCAGGGCACCCAAGGUUUUCCAGGCGCUCCAGCAAUGGGGGUAGUUGGACCAACCGGUAAGAAAGGCUCGAGGGGUGAUACUGGCCCCACUGGCCCCACUGGCCCUAAGGGAAUCAAAGGAGAUCAAGGAGACAAAGGAGUGAAGGGAGAACCGGGGUACGGUAUUCCUGGUCAGCCCGGAUUAAGGGGUGAUCCUGGGGACAGAGGCAACAUUGGGUUAUCUGGGAAGCCUGGUCCCAAAGGAGAUGGAGGGGACAAAGGACAAAAGGGCGAACCUGGAACUUCUUGGACUUUGCCUGGAAUAAGAGGUAAAGAUGGUGAUCAAGGUAUAAAAGGUGAUCCUGGUAUGAAGGGAGAACCUGGGAUGAAAGGUGAACAGGGAGAGAAAGGGCAAAGGGGCACCACAGGACUUCCUGGCCGUAUUGGUGACUCUGGACUAAAAGGAGAGAUGGGACCGCCAGGAAAAGAUGGUAUUGAUGGCAAAAAAGGAAACAAAGGAGAUCCUGGGCAGCCAGGACCACCUGGAACAACUGUUACCACAGUCGAUAACAGUUUACUUGUCAAAGGAGAAAAGGGGGAUAAGGGAGAAUUAGGCCCUCCAGGGAAUUCAGGUUUAAAUGGAGAAAAAGGAGACACUGGACCACCAGGCCAAAGAGGUCCAGAAGGACGUCCAGGACCUCCAGGCAAUACUUUGGUAGAAUCUGUUCCAGAUAAAGGAGAGAAAGGGGAAAAGGGAAGUCCAGGCACAUCUGGAAAGAAUGGCAUGGAUGGCAAAGAUGGAAUCAAUGCACCACCUGGACAAAAGGGAGAGUCUGGACAAAAAGGGGAGCCAGGAGAUAGUGUGACAUCUAGUGUUAUAGGUUUAAAGGGGGAUCGUGGUGAUGUGGGACCACAAGGCCCCCCUGGGCCACUAGGACCACAGGGUGUUCCUGGAAAAAAUGUAGAAAUGAAGGAUUUGGAGUUUCUAUUAGAAUCAUAUGGUAUUAAGCUAAGUCUCCUUAAGGAAUUGACUGACCAUCUCAUACAAAAUGGAGUUGCAGAUUUUUUUCAGCAUUUCUCAAACUCUAAGAAGGAUCGGACUGUAAAGAAGAAACAGAAUGUAAAACAUACCACAGACAAUAUUGACGCUUCAAAACAUGAAAUUUCAAAUGAAACAGAAGAUGAGGAUAUAAAUUUGAGUACAGUUCUGGAAAACACAUUCACAAGCGAAGGUGUAGAGAUACAAACACAGGAAAAAUAUGACAGCAAAAAAGAACAUAAAAAGAAAAAAAAAACUAAUUCAGAACCAGAUAGUAUUAUUACAAAUGUGGUCACUGAGGAACAAGAGGAAAAUGAAGAACAACUUGGCCUGCAGUUAAAUAUACAUGAAGGCAACCCAUUACCAUUACCUACUCAGAUAACUACUUCUGUAGAUGGCGAUAGGUUCUUCACUAUAACUCAAACUGCUGCACAACUGGAACGACCAAGUAGGAAGCUUGAAAAGGAAUCCAGAAAAGAGAAUAAGAAAAAAAGCCGCUUGGAAAAAACAAUUACCGACACAAAGCUGCGAAGCACACUGUCUGAGGAGAGUAAUGGGAGCACUGCACAGCCUACCAGUACACCAACAUCCACUGCAACAGAGUUGAGCAUAGCAGAUAUUAUAAGAGAGGAAGAUAUUGAACAUGAGAUUUCUUCUGACCGAAGUUCGAUAAUAGAGACUCAGACAAAAGUUCCUCUGAAGGUAACAAAACAAAGCAAGAAAGACAAAAAGAAAAGUAGUCGAGCUGUAACUAUGUCCACAGAACUUAUUGAUGUUCAAGAAUUGAAUUUAACUCGUACAUUAUUGGAAAGAUAUUCAGAGCAGGAUCUCCAGAAAGACACCAAACUGUCCAGUACACAGCAAAGCUUGGCAAUUGACGACAGUCUAAGCUCUACAACAAUAAACAUGGAGAGAACCGCUGAAAAAGUUGCAGAAUUGCCAGAGAAUGAGCAGAAUAAUAGACCCAGUGGAACAGAAGUUUUCCGGAAAAAUCGAACUAGAAGGAUGGUACCUGAAGAGCAAGAGAGAACUUCAUACCCGGGUCCUCAGGGAUGGAGAAAGAAAAAGAGUGAACAUACAGAGGAAGAUGGCCAGGUACCACCACCUUCCAUUAAAGAGAAGGAAGGAAAGAGACGUUCAGGACCGCAACGAGGCAGAACACAGAAGGGUGAACCAGGGGAUCCUGGAGAUCCUGGUGUUCCUGGGCAGAAGGGAGAAAAAGGAGACAUUGGCGAAAGGGGACAAAAGGGAGAGCCAGGGGUCGGUCAUAGAGGCCCAGUGGGUCAGGCUGGACCUCCUGGCACUAAGGGUGAGCCAGGAGAACAGGGACUGCCAGGAGUGCAAGGAAUCCAAGGCAUUCAAGGAAACCCAGGUAUUUCAGGAUCUGUGGGUGAAAGAGGAGAAAUUGGAUUACCUGGUCCCCCAGGACCCCCUGGAGAACGAGGAAAAAGGGGCAAGAAUGGUAACCUGGGACUACCAGGGACCCCUGGACCAGUUGGAAAAGAGGGAAAGCAAGGAGCACCUGGCAUCAAGGGUGAAAAGGGUGAAGGAGUUACUGGUGAGCUUGGUCCUAGAGGUCUCAAUGGCUUUCCUGGUCUCAGAGGAGAAAAUGGAAUUCCAGGAAUACCAGGGACUGCUGGAAUAAUGGGUACAAAAGGACUUCCAGGUGUGAAAGGUGAACGAGGAGACAAAGGAUUGUCUGGUUUCAAAGGAGAAAAGGGUGACCCUAUGAUUUUAUAUGGAACUCCAGGAUUAAAAGGAAGCAAAGGAGAACCGGGGGUUAGAGGACAUCCAGGUUUUGAUGGUGAUAAAGGUGAAAAAGGAGAAGAUGGACCACCAGGAGAGAAGGGUGUAAAGGGUGAUGCUGGCUCUAAAGGAUCUAUGGGACUAUUUGGUGCAAGGGGACCUGUGGGUCAGAAGGGUGAACCUGGUGAACCUGGGCUUCCUGGAAGUGCAGGCACAGCAGGACUCGAUGGAAGGAAUGGACAUAAAGGAUUCAAAGGUGACAGAGGUCUACAGGGACAAAAAGGAGAACCGGGUGAAAAGGGUGAUUCUGGAUUACCAGGAGACAUUGGAAAAAAAGGGGACAAGGGAAUGUUGGGAUAUCCAGGCAAAACAGGAGAACCUGGAAUAGCAGGUGUUAAAGGUGGACCAGGAGUACAAGGGAACCCUGGUAUAUCAGGCUUUCCAGGUCCUUCAGGACCAAAGGGGGAUAUAGGAGACAAGGGUACUGAUGGACCACCUGGGGCUGUUGGAGAUAAGGGAGAUAAGGGUAGUAAAGGAUCCCCUGGAUUAAGCGGCUUUAGGGGACCAAUUGGACACCCAGGGCAAAUUGGGCCUCCAGGGAGGCAAGGACUUGGACCAAAAGGAGAUACAGGAAUAAAGGGGGAAAAAGGAAAAAGAGGAAAAUCUUUGCCAUGCCCAAGAGCAGAUCCAGGAAUACCAGGAGUAAAGGGUGAAAUGGGAGGAAAUGGACCUGAGGGCUUUAAGGGUGAAAAGGGAGACCCCGGGCUAUCUGAAGAAGAUGUAAAAGAUUUAGUUAGGGAGGAAUUAAUUGGAAAGUGUGCAUGCACAGGUGAGUCAAGGAUGUACACGCCUCAGGCAAAAGCUCCUCUCUUCAUAGAUACAGAAAUAAAAAACAAAAAACAAAAGGAAGAAGAAUUAAUGGGACAUGAGUUUCAUGAGUCUAUAAUUGACAAUAUUGAUAUAUGCAAGGAAUUCCAACUGAUCAUGAAGUCCUCACACCCAGAUGAAGGAUAUGAAGACAAUGAUGACUUUGGUGAAGAGGUGACUGAGUCCCCUGAGGAUGUUGUGGCAGAAAAUGUAACAGAUACUACCCAGUGGAAUGAAACACUAAACACAACACAAGCACCAUCUCCAAGCACCACAUCACAGCAGAUCCAUGAAGAGGGAAGUAAUAAAGAGCUAAGAAGGAAACGCCUAUCUGAAAUAAUGUCUGAAGGUCAUUGUUUACAAUCUAUGGAUGAAGGAUUUUGUUCAAAGUAUAACUUGUUUUGGUACUACAACUUGAAGGCUGAUGAAUGCCGUCCAUUUGUUUAUGGCGGUUGUGGAGGAAACCAUAAUCGUUUUAAAAGUAAAGAGAAGUGUGAACAGAUAUGUAAAUCAAAAGCAGAACUAUCCCUGGGGAGGUGAUAAUGUUCCUGGUUGAUCAUACAGUACAUGUAUUAGCAGAUGAUGCAUUUUUCAUGCUGACUAAACCCAAUCAGUGCAGCCUAUGUGUGUGGGAAGGGAUUUGAAGCCAAAAAUCCAAAAAUGUCUUGAGCAUCAUAGCAUAAAUGUAUUAGGAACAUUCACUGGGUAGCAUGAUAAGGUUCUUCAGAAGAAUAUUCAGGACUUGUGUAUUGCAGGUUAAUACUUUGUACUCAACACAAAACGUUAUUUUUAUUUGAAUUUACCUUGUUUAUUACAAAAUAAUAAUAUUAAUGUAAAUGAUAUUUUUACAGAGAAAUUUUGUGACAAAAGGAAAUAUUUUGAUUAUAGGAAGCAAAAAUAACAUAGUGGAUCUAUAUUUGAAAAACCUAAGAUAGAAAAGUUUUUUUUUUAAGUAUAAUUGUGUGAUUCUUUGCCUCCAUUGCAAAAGGUUUAAAAGUUUUAAUAUUGUAGCAGGUAACUAGUUACCUAAAAGCACAACUGAAAUAGAUGUUCUCACACAGUGACCUUUAUAACCCCCAUUCACAGCUAUAUACUACAGCUGCUUCUUACAUCAUCUUAAGUGGCUCUUACAUACAUGCUUAUCUUUGCACAAUAUAAUAUUAAAUUCAAUAAAUUCCUAAUCAUAAUGUCUAAAGACUUGCUUCAUCACUUGUGUAUUUAAACAUGGUACAUGUGAGUACCUUGCAUGUAGCAUAAUAGUAACAUGAUGGUUAACAUGAUACUCAUACUAUCUUAUAUGGGAAA